CCCCCCCCCCCGCUUCCCCUAUGAGCGCGUCUGAUGAUACGCUGCUUAUCCUGUAUGGAUCGCAGACCGGCACGGCGGCCGCCCAUGCCACACGCCUGGCUAUGGCCGGUCGGCGCCUCUGCCGACAGGCUGGCCGGCCGGCUGAUCGCAUUUCCCUGCGAAGCCUGGAACACUUUGACAUGGACACCCUGCCGGCGCACCCACGCGUGGCCAUCGUCAUGGCGACCACUGGCGCCGGGGAAUUCCCGGUGCCCUCGCGCGCUGCCUGGCGACGGCUCCUCCGGGCCAGCCUCCCUCGGACUUGGCUCGCCGCGCGCGGCACCCGCAUCUCGGUCCUCGGCCUUGGCGACAGCUCAUACAAGGAGUUCAACUUUGCGGCUAAGAAGCUCGCUCGGCGCCUGGCUCAGCUUGGCGCCCGGUCGAUCGACCCGGCCACCGAUGUCGCGUCUGCCACCUGUCUGGACGCGCGGGCCGGCGACGACGAGCAGGAAGCCACCUUCGAUGCAUGGGCCCUUGGGAUCUUCAAGAGCAUGGGCCUGGUCCCGGGCACCGAGGACGGCAGCGGCACCUCGGCCGGCUGGGUAGAUCCGGCCCGACGCGUGGUCGCCCUUUUCGGCGACAGCAUGUCCGACUUUGCCCCGGACGCUGGGGCACCCCCCUUGGCCCGGCCGGCCGACGAGCACGCGAGCCUGGUGCUGUGCAGCAACCGGGUGAUUGCCGGCACGGUUCCCGAUGCGCUGGACCUGCGCGCCGAGGGGGAGGUCCGAGAGCUGAUCCUCGCCCUGCGCACACUCCCUGCCACCCCGCUGCAGGCGGGCGACGCGUUGGCCCUUUGGCCGCGAAACCCGGCGGACGCAGUCGCCCAGGCCCUCGACGCAUUGGGGAUCCCCCCGGGCCAUGGCGACCGCCUGGUCAGCCUCCUGGCCCUGGAGGAGGGGGACUCGCUGGAGGACCUGUUUGAAUGCCAUCUUCUCGAGGGGUGCCCCUUGUCGGGGCUGACACGCACUCGGCCGGUGCCGCUGCGGGAAUUCCUGGCCCGCGCGCUGGACCUCAAUUCGGCCCCCUCGCCGGGGGCACUGGCACGCAUGGCUGGCAGGACGCGCUCGGCCCAGGAGCGCGAUCGCCUGGCCGAGUUUGCCCCCCUCGCGAUCCGGCGGCGCUUCGGCCUGGAGGAAAUGCCCCUGGAUCCGCGCGUGAUCGAGCGCAACGAGUACAAUGCGUACAUUCGCCGCGGCCGACGCACGGCGCUCGAGGUGGUGGCCGACUUCUUUGGCUGCCGCCUGUCCGAGCGCAGCCUCGCCCGGCCGGUGGUCGGCGAGCUGCUGCUGCAGGCUGGCCAGCCCCGCCUCACGGCGUCCCAGCUCGAGGGGCUGUCCCUCAGCGGCAGCGAGCCCCACCGGCCGGCGGUUACCGGGGCCCCCUCCGGCACCGGGUUCCACUGGGAGGACAUCCUGGCGCCGGGGGGCCUUUUUAGCCCCAUGCAGCCACGCGUGUACAGCAUCGCAAGCGAUCCGGAGCAGACCAAUGCCAUCUCGCUGAUCGCCCGUGUGGUGCACUACUCGACGGCCGAUGCCGAUCGAGGUGGGCCGCUGAAGCCGCGCGUCGGCACCUGCACGCGCUGGCUCGCUUCGCUGGAGGCAGGCGACUCUCUCCGGUAUGCCCCGGUGCCGGGGUCCAUGAAACUCCCGGCACCCGGUGCGGCGCUGCCGCCGCUGGUUUUCGUGGCCACCGGAACGGGCUUGGCCCCCUUCCGGGCUUACCUGCAGCAGCUGCUGCGCCGGGUACCGGCUCCGCAGCUCCCGCCCAUUUUGCUGGUGCUUGGCUUCCGCCGCCGUGUGGAGGCCCUCUGCCUGGCGGACCUGCUGAGGCCGGUGGCCCGUGCGUCGUCGGCCGGCACCGGGGGCGGCGUGUGGUGCGCCUUCUCGCGCCCGGACUCCGAAGCCGGCGAGCAAGCGGUCGGCCGGCUCUUGGCCGACGCGCCAGGCCCCGAUGAGUGGGAGUUCUCGCCGGCCCCCGGGACGGGGGGCUCCCCUGUCGCGGCCCCGCCAGCCGGCGGGCGCCGGUUCUAUGUGCAGGAUCUGCUGGCCGAAUACCGCCCGGUGGCGAAUCUGGUUGCCAGCUGGCUGCUGGAGCGCGAUGCGCGGCUCUUCAUUUGCGGAAAUGGCGCCCGUCUCUCGGACAUGGUGCAGAUGGCGGUGGCCCGUGCUCUGGUCACGGCCGGGGCACCGGACGACUUCAUCCCGACUCCGAAGCAGCUCGACCAGGGCAUGGACCGUGUCCGGGGCCUGGUCAAGCAGGGCCGCAUCCAGUCCGAGGCCUGGGUGGCCUCCUGAGCACCGGCGUAGGACACCAAUGCCAUGGUGUGCCCUGGGGACGCACGCAUCCUUGUCUUGAAAACCCAUGCAAUAUAGAUGGCCCUGUGCCGCAUUUUUUUCGCCCCUCUCCCCCGCGUGCGCCAAAGCGGCCGGACGAAAAACA